AUGUCAUACGUUCAAGAAGCUCUUCAGACAUACACAACGCUUGGGAAAAAAUACCAGGAGAUGCUUACCUUGAAUGAGGCAAUGUCUACACGAAUGACUGUGGUGCCAUCGACUGAAUAUUUGCAUACGGUGAACGAUGAAGGAAGGCAUUACACAAUAUGCUUUUUAGAGAAAAAAUGCAGUUGUGGUCGGUUCCAAGUCAACGAAUUAUCGUGCCCACACGCUUGGACUGUCCUGAAGAGCAAGUAUCUAAUGCCAGAAGAUUAUUGUUCUGAUUAUUACAAACCAAAGUCUGUUGUAAUGAUAUAUGAGGUGCCCGUGUAUCCUUCGCCGGACCGGAAAAAAUGGAAUAUACCAGCACAUGUAGCAGAUGAAGUUGUAUUACCGCCCAAAUAG